AUGCCGUCAAUGGUCUCUACAUACGAAGCUAAAAGGCCGUUAGUUUUGACAGCAGUACUGCUUACUAUGAUAUUCGUAUUCAUCUAUAUUCUCAUCACGUUUCCCCGUCUUUUUUUAAAUUCAUCAUCUUCUCUACUACAAUCACAGCUGCCACCGAGCACAAUUCCAAUUCGAUCAUCGUCCAAACAGAACGUGCUGCCACAUGGCGACGACUAUCCGUACCGCUUCGCCAACCAACCGUUCCAUAGGAGACACAUUCCGAGCAUCAUUCAACCUUAUCUAUACCAAGUGCAGCUGAAACUGUUUCUGCCCUGGCGCCCUGGCGUGUCGUUUGGUCAGCUUGACUUCACGCUAAACGGUCUGGCGAGUAUGCAUUUCACUGUUCGUCAGUUUACGAAACGAAUUCAACUUCAUGUGAAACAGCUGAAUAUCACUUCUCUGCGACUCUAUCAUGGCACCGCACGGUUGCACGUCGAAGGAGUCUCUGAAGAACAUCCGCAGCUUCUGGAUAUAUUCUCAUCAUCGGAUCUAUGUCCUGGUCACAAUUACACUGUCAUUUUGGAGUUUCGGACGAAAAUCAACAACCAGAAAUUCGCCGGGAUUUUCUCGGCUCCUUAUAGACAUGGUCCGGAAAAUAGGUUCAAAACGGCCACCCAUUUACAACCGCAAGAAGCACGCAGCCUCUUUCCAUGUAUCGACAGCCCCGAGGCUAAAGCGCGUUUCGACGCUACCGUAAUACAUCCUACAGGAACCUACGCACUGUUUAAUACGAAAGAGGCGAACAUCACGACGAAAGGUGAAUGGACAACGACCACAUUUCUUCGCUCACCGGUCAUGUCCACUUACCUUUUCUCCAUAGUGGUCAGCACUAUGCCUUAUAAGGAAACCUACACGAAGAGUGGAGUUCGGAUUCGCAUUUAUGCUGAAGAAGAAAAACUGCACGAUACCAGUAUGGCCUUAGCUCUAGUACCAAGAUUGCUGGCGUUCUUCGAAGAAUACUUUCAACUACCGUACCCUCUUGAAAAACUAGUCUUCUGCACUAAGUCGCCAAUGACAAGCUCUGAAGGUACAGAAGAUGAGAACGUUAUCGCCAGCAACACCUUCACGGUAGGAACUCGUGCGCUGGCGCCUCUAGUGUUGCUGGUCACAAGGAGGUUUGUUGACCUUGUUCACGACCGCGGAAAUUCGUCAGAAUGGACAGCUGAAAGCGAAGACAAGAAAAUUUAUUAA